AUGUUGAAAAUAGCUAUUUUUCUAUUACUAAUAGCUUCGAGUGCUGCUGAAAGAGAUUCUACGCCCGUUUUUAUGUUGGAUUAUGAAAUGAUUCUAUCACAUGUACAUACUGACACUAAUCCAUUCACAGAAAUGAAAUCGAGUGAUUUCUCAAAAAUUAUCGAAGAGGCUGUAAAAAGGAGUAAAGUGGUUAUUCUAUUCAUUGAAGAAUUAUUUUGUUUUGAAGAUGUAAGUUUUAAAGACAGACAAGGUACACCAUUUUAUCAUUUGAGCCAAGGUUUGAGAGAGAACAAAGUAAAAUUCUUUCCUGCGGUAUCUCAACCUUUUAAAACUUUAAAACAGUACUUCAAACCAGAACAUUAUAACACAUUUUAUUUGAGCGAUUCGAGCACCAAGCUCAAGAUAUAUGACGGGAGAUAUAAAUACUUCUAUGUUUUUUUCAAAGAUACUAUUAGUGAAUCUAAAGCAAUCGCUCUAAGGAGACACGAUCUGUUAAUGCGAGAAGUAUACUUUGUUGUUAGACAAAUUGCAUCAAGUCCAGUAGUGGCUUUUUACACUGGAAAAAUGAAUCCUAUUAUUGUGGAAAAAUUGAAUUUUGUUCCAAUUGAACCACAGAAGAUACGUCGGCCGCCAGGCGUAACUAUAACCAGCUCAGGCGCACUGUUUAAGUUUAGUGGCGUGUACGCAACGGUGGGUACAAGACGAUCCAUGUUCAGUCAGAUACCACUCAUAGCGGAGGAAACGUGGAAGAAACAUCAGCUCAACACUCGGAUGGCGUAUUCGGACUUCGAGCUGGAGUUUGAGUUUAUUUUCAAAGAGGACGGAUGGAUAGUUGAGAACGUGAUGCUGCUCGAGUGGGGUGAAGAGGUCGGUCGCACGGAGAUGAAGGUCGGGGCUCCAUGGAAGUGGUCCUACGUCUGCAGCGAACCCCUUGUCCUGGUCAACUUGCGGGACGGUAGUGCCGUCACUAUAUCACAAUAUCAAAUUCAACCAUUCCAAGACCAGCCCGGGCCAUGGAGAACUGACAGUGGAACUAAUAGUAGUGGAAACGACACUCGCAAUUUUGGUCCAGCCAUUAACUGUGGGCCGUACUUUAAUUCGCAAAUCCUAGCAGGCCUCAUGGUCACCAUGUUUUGCUUGGGUAUACUGACGUAUGGCGUCGUCUCAAUGUAUAAUUGCAAAUCUAAUGAUAGAUAUGAUGACCAAAAUGGCAAACCGUUGGUCAUUGCGUUCGAAGGAGGCCUA